AUGGAUCUCAGGAGCUUGAUGAACACCAACGACGAUGGCGAGCGAACCGGAAAGCCUGCACCACACGGUCCUCCGAAGCAGCAGCAACAGCAACCGCCGCCGCAUCCCCAUUAUGCUCAGCAGCAGCAGCAGCAGCAGCAUCCUCAACAACAUCCCCAGCAGCAACAGCCGCCGCCUGCGCAGACCCCAACCACCCCGGCGCAAGGUCCUACGGCCUUCGCUUUUAGGGAGUCGGCAUACAGCCAUGCCUUGCACAGCUCGCCAGGCAAACCAUCUGCGCCCCAAGAAUACUCCGCCCACGGACAACCUGGCCCCGGCCCUGGACCAAACUCUGGCUCCUAUCCCCCGCAGUCACCAUACCAAGCACCGGGGCCUUACCCAAACCGACCUCCUCAGCCGACGCUGCAAACCCAGUACAGCGACCCGCGAUCCCCUGGCGCUGCUCCCAUGCCCGGGCCAUCGCCGUAUCGUCACACCCCCAACUCCUCUGUGAGCGCGCCGACCCAAGGGUAUCCAUUCCCGCCGUCCGGGGCGGCGCACGGCUCUCCCGAAGCGACCGCCAGCCCUGUGCAACGGCAUCAAUAUCCACCCUCUACCACUUAUCCUUCUCGAGAUGGCUACUCGCACAUGCCUGGCCCGCCACAUGGUGCGACAGGACCUCCGCCUGCCCACCCCAGCGGUCCCUAUGUGCCACACCAGCAGCAACCGCAGCAGCAGCAGCAGCAGCAGCAGCAGCAGCAACAACAACAGCAACAACACCCGAUGCCACAGACGCCUCCCAUAGGCACCUCGAGCGGUCACGCCUUUAUUCACCAGAGAUCUCAGUCGACUCACUCCACCCCGACGCCUACAUCCGCUCAUAGCCAGCACCAGUACGGGCAUCCUUAUCCACACAAUAGCCCUGUUGCGACAGCCCGCCCACACCCCGCUGAACAUAACCGUCAACCGUCACAGCCCCCGACGCCCCUCGGUCCUCCUUUGCCCGCUGGACAACGACAAUCUUCUGCUGCUCCGAGCUACCCACACCCUUCGAGCCCUUACCAACAACGAAUGUCGACUGCUUCGUCGCAUAUCAGCCAAUCUCACGCCACCCCCCCUCCUCCUCCACCGACCGCCAUACCUCGCGCUCCCAGUUCGCAUUCUGCCUACGACCCACGGGUCAACGACGCCCACCGAAGAUCCCAGUCCAACAGCGAGCGCGAGAGGAGUGUUAGCAUCAGUCCGAAAACCCGCAUGCCGAGCCUUCCGAGCAGUACUGGCGGCCCUCCGUCCGCACCCCCAUCGACAAUUGCCGACACGGAAAUGCGCCCCGUCCAACCUUCGGUAGCCAACAUGAUGGACCCCGAACGCGAGCGAGCCACGACACCAGCUAAGCGAAAGCUGGCCGACCGUGAUCUGAGUCCAAGGGAAAUGGAAAAGGCAGGAACGAGGCCACCGCCACCCGGCCAGGUCAACGGCGACCGCGCCCCUCCGAGCCGCUCUUCGACUCGGCCUCCUACCGCUUCGCCCCAAGCUGUACAGAAGAAACGAGCUCGACACAUGAUGCCUCCGGUCUGGGCUCAGAGGUGGGACUCUCGAGAGAACCGCCGACUGAACAAGGCCAACUACGAACUCCAGAAACGAGGACCACCAAGCACAAACGGCAAGCCUCCGGUGGUCGUGAAGCAGGAGCAAAUCAAGCAAGAGCUCGCGAGUCGGCAUGCCUCACCCGAAGCGGUGCGGUCCGACUCGCUCAAGGGCGCCCCAGUUGCCGAUCACAACCCGAACAACGAGAUUGUGGCCAUACUGGGCCCUUGGGAGCCCAGCAUUACUGGUAUCAAGCCAACAGACGAGAUUGCCAAAAAUGUGGCCGAUUUUCUUUACCUCAACGUCGUCGCCAAUCCUGACUCGGGCGAGAUUGCUAAUCGUGGUGUUGAAUUUGAGAUUGAAGCCAAGCUGGGAACUCUGAUUGACAAGGACACAAACGAGCGCGUGGAAAAGUUCGUUACCACGGCUUGCCUGCUGCACGACACGGGCCGCAUCGCCUUUCGUAGCAGCAUGACAGCGGCUCAACACAAGGGCAUGAACCAGUGGCUCAACGACAAGGUGUUAAAUACGAAUCCUCAGAAUCCUGAUCCUCGGGUCAGAGACCGUGUGCAGGUGCAAUACAAGCAUCGCCGCGAAGUCGACAAGUUCUUCGAGAUCCCGAGCCAGCUGCAGGGCCGCCUUCCAGGCUGCGUACGGGCACGCAUCAACCCGAAGCACAGUGUCAAGGUUCGCGUCACGUACGACCAGAAAACCGAAAAGCCUCUGGCCAAGAUUGUCAAAGCACGCGUUGCCGACAUUAAUCUUCACAUGCCCAACGCGCCGCUUGACUGUCGCAUCAGCAUCAAUCUCGAAGCGGCCUGGGACGGCCCCAUUGAGGAACUCGAGCAGAUCGCCGUCGGCCACGGCAACAAGUUCCCCGAUCGCAGCAAGGACCGGCUCAGCUACACGCAGAGCCAUUAUCAAGUGGACCUGACUCAGGUGACCCAGACGGUACCUGGUCCGGGGAACACGCAACGCGUCGACAAAGAGCACGAACUCGAGAUUGAGCUCGCGCCCCAUGUGACCAUCGAUCAAGGCCAGCGAGCCACGAGCGGUCAGCCCCACAAGUACCCCGAGCUGAUCGAGGGUUUCGUGGACAACAUCCGCAUUCUGGCCCGCGCCGCGGGUGAUUUUGUAUGA